UCGGCCACGUCCUGCUUGAGCGCGACCACGGCCUCCUGGAAGCAUCUGUGCACGUCAGCGAGACGGAUUUGAAGGUAAGGGUUCAUUUUCGAUCGGCUUUAUAAUUUUGAGGCUUAAAACAGACUUCACUCGAUGGGGAGAGACCCGGAUAUAUGGGACGGGCCGGAGGAGUUCUUCCCGGAGCGUUUCGAGGACGCGCACGUUGAUUUCAGGGGACUGCACUUCGAGCUCCUUCCGUUUGGGUCGGGCCGGAGGGCUUGCCCUGCCAUCGCCAUGGGCGUGGCCAAUGUGGAGGUCGUGCUGGCUAAUCUGUUGUACUGUUUCGACUGGGAGCUUCCCAAGGGGAUGAAGGAGGACGACAUCGAUAUGGAGGAAACAGGGCAACUUGGUUUUCGCAAGAAGGUUGCUCUUGAGCUUGUACCUGUUAAGCGGUAGUGAUAUCUCUUCAUGUUCCACAUGUCACCGGAUGUUUCCUCGAUGAACUAAAGAGUUGGUUUAAAA